ACCUGUGACCCCGACCCGAGCAGCCGGGGCCUUUAUGAGGUGGGGGCUCCCUGGUCGCCCGGUCCUCCCUGGCCACGGCUACAGCUGAGAGAAGGGUCAGGAGGUAGCUAUGUCGCUUCCUCCAGAAGGCCAGCCGGCCGCCUCCCUCCCCAGCCGGACGCAGCCGAGUCCCAACAGGUCAGCCAUGUCAUCUGAGCCACCCCCACCGCCUCAGCCCCCCACCCACCAGGCUUCGGUUGGGCUGUUGGACGCCCCUCGGGCCCGUGAGCGCUCGCCUUCCCCACUCCGGGGCAACGUGGUCCCGAGUCCACUGCCCACUCGCCGGACAAGGACCUUCUCAGCGACGGUGCGGGCCUCACAGGGCCCCGUCUACAAAGGAGUCUGCAAAUGCUUCUGCCGUUCCAAGGGCCAUGGCUUCAUCACCCCCGCUGACGGUGGCCCCGACAUCUUCCUGCACAUUUCUGACGUGGAGGGGGAGUACGUCCCAGUGGAAGGCGACGAGGUCACCUAUAAGAUGUGCUCCAUCCCACCCAAGAACGAGAAGCUACAGGCCGUGGAGGUGGUCAUCACCCACCUGGCACCAGGCACCAAGCACGAGACCUGGUCCGGGCACGUUGUCAGCUCCUAGGAGACGCUGGAGCACCCCUUCUCCUGGGCCAUGGGAGACUUUGGGGAGGAGGAGGCGGGACCACACUGGAGAUGACAUUCGACCCCCCAGCUGGGGCUUCAAGGGGACCAGGUGUCUUUCAAGGUCCUCCUGAAGGAAGGGGUGCGGGCAGCAUGAGGGCGGGCAGCCCCUGGCCACCAGCACGGCCUCUGACCAUCUGCAACAACCUCUCACCAUCUGAAAAGCAUUAAACGCAUUUGAAAAGGAGAGGCACCCCCAUGGCUGAGUGGAGGGUCUAACCCCAGCCCAGGGGCUUGCCAGCCAGAGUCCUUGAGCCGGAGGCUCAUCAUCCCCGGAGGCUCAUCAUCCCCGGAUCUGUCCCACCAGGGAUGGCCUACCCAGAGUGGUUGCCCCGAAACGGCCCUCUCGUGUCACCUCGGACCAGACUGGUCUUCUCAUUGUCGCCUUGACCGCUUCCAGGGGAGCUGGUUUCAGGGCAGUGGGGAGUUGGGGGUCUCUGAUCAGGGACUUGCCUUUUCCUGCCUGUCUGGGGCUGCAGUUUUCCAGGGCAUGGCAGUCUGGUGCCCUUCCACCUUCUGGUGAGCGAUCCUCACUUCCGGGCCAAUCUGGUGGCUGGGGCUGGAGGAAGGGCUCUGGAGGGGGCGGGUCUUUGUUUAAAAACAACCUUCUCCAGAUCCAUUCAGAAACAAGCACCUGUUUCCAGACAGCCUGGAAGUCAAAGUUGAACGAGAAAUUUACUUUGGUAGUGGUGACUGGGGGUGGGGGGUGUUUCUUUAAAACUGGUGUUAACAAAUGCUUAGGGAUUUUUUUUUCUUCUAAAAAACUAAAGCCCUCACCCAGAGGCAGCUGUUUGCCCUCUGCUGCCCACAUGACAGACGUUUGUAGGUAUCUCCAGUAAGCACGGCCUUAGGAUUUUCUUUGCUGUGGUUUGGUUUGGCAUUAGUUGUGAUUUAAAGAUAGAAAUAGGUAAUACGUUUAGAAUACGUGUUGUCGAGAGCCUGCCUGUUGACACGGGGAAGCCUCCCUUUGAAAGAGUGGCCCUUGCGUGAUGACAGUGGCUCAGACAGGGAUGGUCAUUUGGUGCAGGGAGCUCCAGGGGCCUCCUGGAGUGUCUGAACUCUGGCUGAGUGUGUCCCCUUAGCCUAGGAACUGCGUGUGCAGAGCCGGGUGGAGGCCGCCACUGUUCUGCUGAUGGCUGGUGGCAAGUGAGCGCCUUGUAUCUGCGCACUGAAACGUGCAGCCGGUCCUGUGGCAGUUAAGUGCGUGGCCCUGUCCCCCUCCCGCCUCUGCUUUCUGCAGAGGUGACCUUUUCCCCUGCAGUGUUGGAGUGUUCCCCAGGUAGCUCCCUCGUGCCAGGUAGAGAACACAAUUCCAAAGCCACUGUGCCCAGACUGGCGUGGGUCCCUGGAAGCCCAGAGCCGUCCUCCCCCAAGCAUCUCGGUGGCUUUGCGCUUGCUGGGAUCCAGCUGGGGCUCGGUGUAACCCACAUGCUGGAGCUCCAGCGGGCUGGCCCAACCACAGUGAGCCUGGGAGUCACAUUCCACUGUUCGGUGGUGACCUUUGGAUUCCCUGGCUCAGCAGAGUCCUUUGUAAAGGGUUCGUCCCUGCCCUUCCUGUGUGACCGCAUCUUUUCCAGCCGAGUGUUCUGGAACUGCAGGAUGGUAGACUAGAAGGAACUCCAUCUGUACGCGCUCACGGAAUCUCCAUUCACGGUUGGGGAAGCUCCUCCAGGCUCUUGGGGACACCUGGUGUUGGUGACCCAGCUGGGACUAGUUCCAGGAUUCCCUCAUCCAGCCCUCACCCCCGUCAGCCCUGUUCCUCAAUAAAGUUUUGUUUUGUGGAAGGC